GUCUAUCGAACCACGCAGAGAAGAAGGAUCAAACUUCAAAGAAGAAGUAAAAAUCCCCAGGUUGUAAGGGGGCGUUGAUUCUUCCGGCAGUCUAAAGUCCAAACUCAUCAAUCUCAUUCAUAGUUGAGAAACGAGCCAAAGAUGGUGUCACUGAAAGACAUAGUGCCAGCUGCAGAGAACAACAUUGACACAAGGUUCAUACUUUUGGACAAAGGCAGCAACACAAUAGAAGGCCAGAACAAGACAUGCUUGGCGCUUGUGGCCGACGAGACUGCCGCAGUUCACUUCCAGCUGUGGGGAGAUGAGUGCGAUGCAUUUGAGCCCAGCGACAUCAUUCAGUUGUACAAUGGCAUCUUCUCUUACAACAGGGGCACUCUUGUGCUGAGGGCUGGCAAGAGAGGGAGAGUGGAGAAGGUUGGAGAGUUUACCAUGCUUUUCGUUGAGACGCCCAAUAUGAGUGAGAUUCGCUGGGUUCCUGAUCCCAAUAACUCGAAGAAGUUCAUUCAGGAUGCUGUGAUUUCGCCUCAUUCACGCAUCUUUCCACCGAAAUACUAAUUUUUCGAGUCUAUUGAUCUGACCUGAGGAAGAUCGUGUGUUCUUGUUCUUGAAAGGCA